GACAACCAGGCCAACCAGGCUUCCCAGGACAGCCAGGUCAACCAGGACAACCAGGCCAACCUGGCUACCCAGGCCAACCAGGACAACCAGGCCAACCAGGCUAUCCAGGUCACCCAGGACAACCAGGACAACCAGGCCAACCAGGCCAACCAGGAUUCCCAGCACAACCAGGUCAACAAGGAGGCCCUAGCCAACCAGGACAACCUGGAAAACCAGGACAACCUGGCCAACCUGGCUACCCAGGCCAACCAGGACAACCAGGACAACCAGGACAACCAGGCUAUCCAGGUCAACCAGGACAACCCGGACAACCAGGCCAACCAGGAUACCCAGCACAACCAGGUCAACAAGGAGGCCCUAGCCAACCAGGACAACCUGGAAAACCAGAACAACCAGGACAACCUGGCUACCCAGGUCAACCAGGACAACCAGGCCAACCUGGCUACCCAGGCCAACCAGGAGAACCAGGACAACCAGGCCAACCAGGCUAUCCAGGUCAACCAGGACACCCAGGACAACCAGGCCAACCAGGCCAACCAGGAUUCCCAGCACAACCAGGUCAACAAGGAGGCCCUAGCCAACCAGGACAACCUGGCCAACCUGGCUACCCAGGCCAGCCAGGACAAGCAGGACAACCAGGCCAACCAGGUUUCCCCGGACAACCAGAACAACCAGGCCAACCAGGAUUCCCAGCACAACCAGGUCAACAAGGAGGCCCUAACCAACCAGAACAACCUGGCCAACCUGGCUACCCAGGCCAGCCAGGGCAACCAGGCCAACCAGGCUAUCCAGGUCAACCAGGACAACCAGGACAACCAGGCCAACCAGGAUUCCCUGCACAACCAGGUCAACAAGGAGGCCCUAACCAACCAGGACAACCUGGAAAACCAGGACAACCUGGCCAACCUGGCUACCCAGGCCAGCCAGGACAACCAGGACAACCAGGCCAACCAGGCUUCCCAGGACAACCGGGACAACCUGGCUACCCAGGCCAGCCAGGACAACCAGGCCAUCCAGGUCAACCAGGACAACCAGGCUAUCCAGGUCAACCAGGACAACCAGGACAACCAGGCCAACCAGGCCAACCAGGAUUCCCUGCACAACCAGGUCAACAAGGAGGCCCUAACCAACCAGGACAACCUGGAAAACCAGGACAACCUGGCCAACCUGGCUACCCAGGCCAGCCAGGGCAACCAGGCCAGCCAGGACAACCAGGACAACCAGGCUAUCCAGGUCAACCAGGACAACCAGGACAACCAGGCCAACCAGGCCAACCAGGAUUCCCUGCACAACCAGGUCAACAAGGAGGCCCUAACCAACCAGGACAACCUGGAAAACCAGGACAACCUGGCCAACCAGGCUUCCCAGGACAACCGGGACAACCUGGCUACCCAGGCCAGCCAGGACAACCAGGACAACCAGGCCAACCAGGCUAUCCAG